AUAGUGUCAAAUUUGAAAAUGAAGAAAUCCGUGAGCUUCAUCAGACUGACGAUGUGAUGGUGUUCUGGCAGUCUUCAAUGUAUGUUCAGGUGAAAACCUCCUUUGGUAUGAAGAUCCAAGUCCAAGUUAAACCAAAGGUUCAGUUGUAUGUAACAUUACCUGAAAGUGAAUCUGGAAAUGUUAAAGGACUCUGUGGGAACCACAAUAAUGAAACCAAGGAUGACUUCAUAGGCAAGUCUGGAAUCAAAGAGAAUGUGGCAGAAUAUUUUGCCCUCUCCUGGGUAGUGGGCACGUGUAACGGCAAAACACCUGAAAUCUGCAGCUCAGAUGUUGAUAGAUUCGCCCAUCAAGACUGUUCCCACCUGACGGACCGCAGUGGUAUAUUUUCAGAGUGCCACAAUCAGAGCUCAGUUUGCUUCCCACAGUGA